AUGGCUACAUCGGACGACGAGCCUGACGAUGGCGACGGGUCCAACCUACCGGUUGACGCCUCGCGGCACAUUGAACGCAUGAAUGCCGAGCGCAGCGACCCGAAGCAGCCGGUGGUGUACGCGUACCUCUCGGAGAUGUUUGCGUCGCCUCGGCACGCACAACUCACCCCUGGGCUGCGCUUCGCGCAGCUGCACGCGGUCGUGCUGUACUACCUCGGCUUGGCCGAGGAGGGCCUGCUACCGCAGAACCGCGGCGCCGCUGCCUGGAAGCGGCUGCGCGAGGAUGUGCCCUUUUGCGACGCCAAUGGACGGCUGCGCUCGCUGCCCAAUCCGGCCGUGGUGGAUGCAGCAUCGGCACAGCCAGGCAGCCCUGUCGCCUCGCGUCGUCACGAAGCUGAGACGCCUUCCGUCCAGGUCGUGCCGGCCGUCCUCGAGCCACGCAGCGGAAUGAAGGAGUUGUCGGUAGCGCGGCGUCGCCUCUACGACGAAGCCAUCCUGUUCGUUGAGACGCAGCUCAAGCACAUUGGGAAUGGCAAGCCCGCGUGCUCGCGGCUCCGAGCCGAGCUGCAGUACCUGGGGCAGGCCGUUGCAGUGGUUGCGUCCAAGCAGCACGCGCAGCUCGACCUCGAUGAGCGAGGCGCAUUCGAAGACCUCGCCAGGCAGGUGCUUGCCUCGCCGUACAUGUACCAAGAGCUCGUUGGAGCGACCGACGCCUUUGAGGAGGUCUGCAAGCUCAUCAAUGCCAGGCUGCCAGGUCAGCCCUUUGGAGACGAGCAUCAGCUCUUGCGCGUCGCUACACGUGUGCUCGAGGAGUACCCGAUCGCGACGUACCUGGUGCAGCGUGGCUGGUGCCGGCCAGUCGAUGAGCAAGGCCGCCGGCUGCUCGGGCGGAUUCGGCUCGACUCCGGCUCGGCGCACCCGGCCGCGGCGCAAGCUCGAUCCACGCGGCGCCGCGGCAGCAGACCCGCUCCUCCCAGUCGAAGCGCGGACGGCGCGUCUGCUGCUGGUAUGUCCACGGCAGCCACGACGGGCGCAGGCAGCGACUCCGACGCUUCCAAGGAGGAGAUGCCGCUCACGACGUGCCGCGCGCCCCCAGUCACCGCCUUCCAGUGGUUUGCGCGCACAGAGGCGCUGCGACUGAGAAGCUCCGCCUCCGCCACAGUGUCGAGCGAUCAAUGGCGCGCCAUCACAGCGGCCUGGGACGAACUCCCUUCGGACCGCAAGGCGUGGUGGGAGACGCAGCGGCUUGCAAGCUUGCAGGUGCAGAACGCCCGAGCACUCUCCUCGAGCUGCUCGUACAUCUGCGCGCACGGCGCGACCGACCUAGCCCACUGUGAGGGCUGCGGCGAGGCGCGCAGUGGCCACCCCUUCUGUUUUCAGAAGCGGCUUGUGGAGGCGGGUGCAGAUGGCACGAGCGAGGCCCUCUACCUCUGCCCGUCCUGUCUGCAGAGACACCUCGCCGCGGUGCGCCUCCUGCCACCCCAACCGCCGACGCCGACGGUGCUCGCGGCGAUCGAGCUGCUAGUCGGGGGAAGCGGCGGUUGCGCCAAACUCGGAGCCGUCCGGGAGGCGGCGCGCGCUGCGGCAGGGGUCGUCACGCGCGGUGUCAGCCAGUCGCAGCGUGCUGCCAUCGCCGCGUGCUCCCACCUCGACGAGUGCAUCACGGCAAGCGCCACUCUGGCAGAGGCGGCGGGGCUCUCCUCGAGCCGCGCUUUCGCGAAUGUGCACGGGGGCUUGGUCGCGCUCAAGGUGGCGGAGCACCUCCGCGGCGGCGAGCCCAGCGUCGUGAAGGCCUGCGCAGUCCUGCACGAGUACCAGCGCGCACCCGCUCUCGAAGAUGCUGCAAAGGCGGUGCACAUGCACGUGAUGCAGGCUCUCGUGGAUGCGGCGCGCAGCGGUCGCCGAGGCAGGCUGGAGGCGGAGCUCGCGCUGCGGUCGGAUGCGGCGGCGCUCGCGCCCGUGGUGCUCCGGUUCGUGCGCGAUGACAUCUGCAACGUCUUGCAGCUCGUGCUCGACGACGUCGUCGACCUCGCGUCCCCCGACGUCAUCGACGCAGACAACGCCUCCGCGGCUCCCCGACAGUCGCGCCGACGCGACAUACUGCGUCGUGUCGCCGAGUCCAUCAUCGGCCCGUUGCUGCACCUGCGCUGGAUCGGCUCGCAGGAGGAGUGCCCCGAGGCAAAGAAGCUCUUUCGGCGCAUCAGCCGCUUCCUCCAGGUGCCGGAGCGCGCCGCCACCUUUCGCAGCGCACUCUUUCGGGAGGGAGCACCACGUUCCCUCGACACCGACCUCAAGCAACGCGCGCCUGUGCUGCUAGAGGCGGACCGAGAGCGUGGCAAGACGACCAGGCGCGCUGUCAUCGAGGACAAUGCCCCGAUCGUGUCCAUCACGGCCCCAGGGCUUGGCGAGGUCGUGCAGGCCAACUUGACGCACUGGACCGCUACGGGAAGUGUCAACCUGGACCCGGCCACCGGCAGCUUGGGCGACGGUCGGCCGCUCAGCACUGCCGUGGGCAAGUUUGUCGCCACCGCCGGUCCACUCUACGGCGUUGCCUUCCCCGAGCUGCGAAGAAACGCAAUGUCCUCCUCGCACCGGGGCCUGCGCCUGCCUGCCGAGUACGCCCUCCGGGGCGACCAGACGUGCCAGUGGGGCGUGAGUGACGGCACCGUCUGCCGCUUGAUGCACCCGACCCGCGGGCUCGUGCCCGAGCUGGUCAAUGGCGAGGGCCUCACCCUUGCCACGCACGUCCCCGUCAAAGAGGCGCUGUCGCACCUCUUCAAGAUGUUUCGGUUGCAGCUUGACUCGAAUUCCACGCACGUCUACGGCAACCUCAAGGACGCGACGAUCCGGGCGCUACCGGUGCACGUCUUUUCGUUCCUUGAGCGACCUGAAGGUGGCGCCGUCGGCUCAUGGGUGGAGGGGCCGCGCGAGGGUCUGCGCGCGCACUCGCGCAGGUUCUACCCAGGCGCCUGGACCGACGACGGGAGCUCCCUCCGCGUAACGUCGCUGCGCAUCGGCCCUCCGCAGCCGGUCAACUCGCUCGCGUCCGACGAGCAGUGGGGGCUCGCGCUCGAGCUCGGCCGUGCCACGGGGCAGCUGUCUCGCGGCAACUAUGCCGACUGCGGCGAGGUUGGCGACGCGCUGCGGCCGUUUCUGCAGGGUGAUCUCGGCACGUACAGCGUGCUUGGAGGCUGCCUCCGCCGCGAGAUGGUCGUCGUGUCGAGAGGUGUGUUCCGAAACGAGGCCGAGGCGCGCGCUCAUGUGCGUGCUCUGCGGAUCGUCCAUGCGAUGUGGGACCCGCUGCGCCCCGUUAUGCACAACCAGUUCGCGCUCCUCAAGGGCAUCCUCGUCUGCCGUUUCAAGAACGGCUCCAUCGAUACGGAGCGCACGAUGCAGGGCUUCACCAAGUUCAAGCCGGGAUCCGAGGGCCAGGGCUUCCAGACGAAGAAGGAGCUGGUCGGGCGUCGCACGCAGGCGUUCCACAACGUGAUGCAGCGUCUCUUCCGCAUCUACAAGAGGGAGGCGUACGGCGACAGGGUCACCAUCAACGCAGACGGGAGCCUCGACCGCGACGACUACGACGACCGCUUUCUCGAUAUGAUCCGGAGCCUUGCUGCCCCCGAUGCGACGGGCCGCGUGGAUGAGGAGCUGGCGGACAUGAUCCACGAGGUGUACGACCUCAACGUGCCGCUGCUUCUCGAGGUGCUGAUGACGCGCAAGAGCAUCGCCGAGGUCGGCCCCAUGAUGUGCGCCUACUGGCAGGCCUGGGCGCAGGCGGCGAACUGCCCGCGCGUCUUCCGCCACUUUGUCGACCAGCUCGCCGCGCCGCUCCUCCGCUCCGCCGAGGGCAACACCCACGUGCUACAGGCCUUGUCGACGCCAACCGAGUCGGGCAACUACGGCACGGGGAAGGAGGUGGACUGCUUGCAGGAACUCAUCGUCCUCAUCGCGCAGCGGUACAAGCUCAAGGCCGCGGGCAAGGGCGAGGAGGCCAAGAAGCUGAUCGGGCGCCAGCACGCCCUCGCCGCCAACCUCGACAUCGCCCUCGAGACGAUACCCUGGCUCGAGACGGAGUGGGCUGGCCUGAUGAAGAAGACGUACCAGUCGAGGGUGAUGCAUCGGUCCGAGGCGAUCGACGUCCUCACCUAUCUGUACACCCGCUCCUUUGCCGUCGCGGACCCCUUCCGGCGCAUCGCAUCUGGUGCCCAGGGCGAGGUCGCGCGCUGGGAGCUCGCGACGCAGCUGCGACUAGAGCCUGCGAGCACAGCCGCGCUCCAAGUGCCCUGCUUUUACUACGUCGAUAUGGAAGGUGGCCCUCUCCGGCUGCUCGCACCUGGGCGCCUCCUCGCGGCGGCGAGGGAGGCGGACGCGUCGAUGGAGGAACCGCCGAAGGUGACCUUCGCGACCGGAGAGAAGCCUCUCUUCGGCACCGAGCUCACGGGCGUGUGCUUCGGGCGCGACGGCCGGUGGCGCUCUCGUGGCGGGGUGGGCGUGGGAGAGCUGCGCGUCCCGCACAAUGUGCCGCGCACAGUCUGCAUCACCGACUCGACGCUGCGCCCCGCCGCCCUGUCGGCGCUGCAGAUGCUGCCCCUCACCAGCGACGAGCCCGAUGCGACGGAGGAGUACACGCAACUCAGGUGGUCGCUGUCGCUGGUGCGCACCGCCUCUCGUACUGUGCCCGCUGUGGCGCAGCUGCAACGAGCGCUGCCAUCCAUGUCCCUCCUCCUGUACGUUGACGGCGUCGAGGCCACCAGCGUCAGGGCUACUGACCUGCCGCGGCGGCUGCUCGGGGCGCUCCAGACUGGCAAGCCUAUUGUAAUCGCCCCGCCGGUCACGCUCCAGGAUGCGGCAAAGGCAGCCUUCGACAUGUCGUACGACAUCCUGCUCUCGGGAGUGGUGGCUAGGUACACGUCGAGCGGCAAGCCUUCGUACACGGCAAAGGUGUGGGGAGGCACCACGUCGGCGCAGCGCGAGUGCCGGCAGGGCAAGCCGUCGCCCCCAUCCGCAGUGGAAGGGAAGCCGCAGAGGCUCGUCCUCUUUUGCUACUCCAAGGCGACAGAGCAAGCCGCACCCGCCGGGGGUGAGCGGGGCGUGCAGGCGUCGAAACGCAGCGGCCUCGAGCUCGCGCUCGAGGAGGCGCGUGAGAUGACAGAACGCGCGGAGGAGGCGGGGGUCGUGUCGGGCAUAGCCGCCAAGCGGGCGGCAGAGGAGGCGGACCAGACCGAGCUGCUCAAGCACACGAGGCGCACGCACCUGCUCACGGGUCGAGCACAGGGGGCCGGGAAGGUCGCCGUCGGGAAGGGCCCGGGCAGGAAGAACACGGCCGACCAGGGCCGCCGCCUGCCGACGCAGCGCACGUACCAGAACCCAGUCGGUCGCAUAAGCUCUGGCGACACUGCAGGGCUCGCAGGCGGCGACAACAGGAAACUCAAGUUUGCCAAGAACUACGGGCAGGCCAUGCAGCGGUGUUACGACGCGGAGCUGGAGUCGCUGCAGGUGAUGACGGACGUGUACAAUGCCGAAAGGCCGUGUGGGCGCGGCAUCCCGUUCGACUACUCGACUCUUGUGCGCCAAGGCGGCGGCGGCGGCGGAGGUGGCGGCUGCAGCGGCGGCGGCGACGGCGGCGACGGCGGCGGUGGCGGCGCGGGUGGGGGACCGGGAGGCAACCGCUCCUCGCGCGCAGGCACAAGCGAGGAGGAUGCCCGGGUCGCCAAGGAGCGCGAGCGCAUCGAGCGCGAGAUCCAGGUGAAGCUGCGCGAGAUCGAGACGCACGAGCAGACGAGCAUCGAGCUGCAAACCGACCAGACCGCGAGCAGCGUGCAAAAUAUGCAACCGAGUAUAGACAAGGCCAAGGAGCGGAGCGACACCCUGCGGCGCGAGCUGACGGCGCUCCACCGCAAGCUGUGGUCACUAGAAGACGACGCCGGCGGCGGUGCGGGAACGCACAUCGAUCCGGAUGACGAGCUGCUGGAGGGUGAUGACGAGGCGAUCGGCAGCUUGCCGCUGGAGGACUCCGACGACGAGGGGGGCGAUGCAGCAGGUGCAAUCAGUGAUGACGACAUGUUUGACAAUGACGGGCCCUAG